AUGGCUCCUCGCAUCAGCAUUCCGCCCGUUACGAGGGCUGUCCUGGCCGGAAUGUGUUGCCUCUUCUUCCUCUAUGGCGUUGCCCGAUCGCGACAAUUCGACUUCAGCGUAUCUAUCCCGUAUAUCUCGCUUGUACCCGCCAGGUUUCUCUUCAACCCUUGGACCCUCUUAUGCGCUACCUUUGUUGAAGAUAACAUCUUCACGAUGAUUAUCAGCGGAGCCACGACUCUUUAUGGCGGGAAAUACCUGGAACGUGCCUGGGGUUCUACGGAGUUUGGCAAAUUUCUCCUGGUUAUUACUCUUUUGUCGAAUACAGCUAUAGCGUUUCUUUAUAUUAUCGGAGCCGCUCUCAUCGGAAAACCCAGCAUUGCUCAGAAAGGGAUAUGUGGCGGUGUUGCAAUUCAAGCCGGUUUCCUGGUAGCCUUCAAACAAUUAGUUCCAGAGCACACAGUGACGAUCCUCCGGGGCAUUGUGAAAAUGCGCGUUAAACACUUCCCCGCAAUCUUCCUUGUACUGAAUGCCGUGGGCGCAAUGGUUGUGGGAACGGAUAUUGUUUUCAAUUUAGGCUGGCUCGGAUUCCUGAUUAGCUGGACGUAUCUUCGGUUUUUCAAACGCCAGCCCGACCUUUCUGGCACUUCCACAAAUGCUCUCGGGAUCAGGGGUGAUGCCAGCGAAACUUUUGCCUUUGCGUGCUUCUUUCCCGACGUUAUCCAACCACCAAUCUCGUUCAUCUCAGACAAACUAUAUUCAGUUUUAGUGGCAAUGCGUGUAUGCACCCCGUUUUCGGCGGAGGAUAUUGCAUCAGGGAAUGAACAAGCUAUUGCACGAGGAGAGGCUGGACUUCCAAGUCUCUUGAACCCCACCGGACGGGCGGACGUCAGAUCAAUGGGUAAAAGGGAGGAAGCGGAACGACGACGUGCUUUAGCACUUAAAGCCCUCGAUCAAAGGCUCCAAGCCGCGAGCGCGAACAGAGUUCAGCAGCCAGCGAACCCUACCGCGGCAUCGUCUCAAUCCCCAUCCCAACCCAAUGCACAAUCACCGGCCCCAGCUGUAGCUCCUGGCCAGAGCAUGCUGGGGGAAACUAGCUACACCCCGGACAAUGCAUGA